AUGAUUGAAAAUUCCAUACUAAACGACUCUGCAACCAUGAAUACUCACAUGAAUAGCAUUUAGUUCAACGAAUAGGUAUUCACAUAUGAAAUUCUAAGAUUCAAAUUUAAAUCUUAUAAACUUUUAACAAAUAAAAUUUAGGAUCAUUUAGAUUUAUAGAUUCUUAAUUAGAAGUAGUGCGAAACAGUAAAAGAGUACACACAUGAUGAAAUCAAUACUGGAGAUAUUGUUUAAAUUCUUGCCGAUUCCUUCAAUAAUCCUUCUAAUGUGCAAACAGAUUUCAAAUUUUUAGAAUAUAUUAGAAAAUAACCUUAAAGAUCAAUGAAUUAUCAAUUUACUUAAGAAAAGUAGAAGUAUUAAUAAAACUUGAUGAAUAAAGAUGAAAUGAUGUUAAAGUUAAAAAAUACUAAUUAAAAUGAAUAAAAUUAGGAGCAAAUACAAUCAAAAACGAGCUCACAAUCUAUUUAAUCUGAAGAGGUUAUUGAGAGAGAUGAAAAAAAGCAAAAUAAAUUAAUGAAAUCUAUUAGUCUAUUAGUUAACGUUAAAAGUUUUUAUCGUUUAUUAACAAAAAAUACAAGAAUCCUAGGCAAGUUAAAUAAAGAACAGCAUUAUUUAAUUAAUGAUAUUUCCUCAGUUUUUUAAAAAAAUUAAUAAUCUAAAAUGUAGAAAUUUAAUAAAUGUCUUUCUAAAUUAAAAAAACCUAUUCAGCUAAUCAAUAACUAAAUCAAAAACAUUGCUGAUUGCAUUCCAAUGUUUUAACCUUAUAAUCUAUACAAGUUCCUUUGGGAUAUCCUCUAAGCUAUCUUAAUUUUAACAGUCAUGUUUCUGUUUAGCUUAGUAGUCUUCUUUUAAAUGGAUAUCCAAAAUUAUGUUCCAUUCUUUCAAAAUAUAUUUAUCAUUUUUGUUUUGGAUAUACUAUUUACAUUUAAUACUGGGCUUGUAGAAAAAGGUAAUGUCAUUUUUGAUAGGAAAAAAGUUGCUAUUACUUAUUUAAAAAAGUAUUUUAUCAUGGACCAAAUUGCUUUGUUACCUUUAUUUUUGUUUUAUUUAGACAUACAACUUGAAGGUUUGUACUCUUGGAUUGUCUACUUUUUAAUUUUGAUGAAAUUAUUUGUUCUUUCUGAUACAUUUACUAGGCUCACUUAUUAUUUAAGCUAUCAAAAAAACAUGGAAAAUAUUGUUGAUUUAGUAAAACUUGUUUUUAUUAUUGCAUGCGUUUGUCAUAUAUUUUGUCUAUUUUGGCAUGGGAUAGCCAUAUAUGAAAUUAAUUAAGGCUCUAAUACUACUUGGCUAUAAUAUAGAGGAAUAUAAGAUGCAGAUAUAUUUACAAGGUAUGUUUAAUCUUUCUACUAUCUUGCAGUUACUAUGAUUACAGUAGGAUAUGGUGACAUAACUCCUCAAACGACCUAUGAAAUACUAUUUACAACAAUAACAAUGUUUGUAACUGGGUUCUUCUAUGCAUUUAGUUUGAACAGAAUAGGUAAUAUUAUUGAAAAUAUAGAGGCAAAAGAUAAAUCCUAUAAAGAAAGUAUGCAAGUUAUUCAUAGGUUAAUGAGAGAAGAAAAUGUAUCUUAAACUUUAAGAGUUUAAGUUUCUAAUUAUCUUUAGUAUCUAUACAAAGAUUCUAAUGAAUUAGAAAAGUAGCAUGAGAUAGAAAUUACAAACAAACUUUCAAAAUAGUUGAAAUAUGAUCUCACUCAAAAUAUUCAAGGAAAAUAUUUAAAAGAUAUAGAAUUUAUAGAUAAAUUAGAAAGUAAGUCUAAAAUUGUUGAAAUAAUGGAAGAAUGUUUAUUUUCACCUGGAGAGUAUAUAUUUAAAUAAGGAGAUUUAGAUGAUUGCUCUUUAUAUUAUAUAGUUAAAGGAAGCGUUAAAAUUAUUUAUGAGUAUUAAAGUAGAGAUUAGACUGAAAGUUUGAUUAUUACUCAGCUUAAAAAAUAAUAAUACUUUGGGGAUAUGCAAUUUAUAUAAGGAAAUUCUCGAAUUCUAACUGCUUAGGCAAGUGAAUUUUGUAGAACUUAUAAAAUACCAAGAGAAUAGUUUUUUAAAUGUAUUAAGUAAUCUGAUUAAGACUUUGAAAAUUUUCAGAUGCUUAAAGAAGCAUACAUUUUUAAAGAAAAUUAAAAACUUUUUAACAUCAAGUGCUAUAUAUGCAAUAAAUCAGAUCACAUUUCUAUAAAAUGUCCCAAAACUCAUUUGACAUUAUCUAAAUAAACUCUAAUUUAAAAGGAAAACAAAUCUACUCCUCAUUUCUAAAGAGAAACAUUUUAGAGAAAAUAAAAUAAAUUGAAUUCUCUUUUUAAAAAUUUAGAGGUAUUAUAUGGGGUUUAUUAAUUUACAGAUAACGAAGAAAACUUUUAAGAUUUAGAGAUCUUAGAAAAUGAAAUGCAUUUGAGCUAAGAUGAAGCAUUCUUAGAAUAACAAUUAUUAGAAUUGUAGAAACAAGAUAAUUGUGAAUAACCAAAGUAAUAAUAAUAGAACUAUUAGUUUACUAAUUAGACUAUAAGUGAGGAAGAAUCAGAUUCAGUGACGAAUGAUAAAAAUUAAGAGUGGAAAUACUAUAAUUCAAUGAACUAAAAAAAUUAAAGCAGUAUUGAAAUUUAAAGUUAUUAAGCUAUAAUAAAUCAAUAGGAUACAAUAUUAGAUGAAAAUACUUAAAUUUAAUAGAAUCAUAAUAAUUCCCAUAGUCGCAGAGAUUAUGUUUUAAAUUAGCUAUCGAAAACUAAGUAAUUAAAUAUGAGCUUACAAAAAAUUUAAUCAAGUAAUUCUUUAAGAGAUUAAACAAAGUAGUAAGAUUACUCCUCGAAUGAAGAGAGAUAAUAGACUACUGAAAAAAAAUCUAAUUAAAGUAUAGUUUCUUCAAAACAUUUAAAUAUAUGA